GUAAGUGAGCUACGACUCGCGUGCAUUGAUAGCAGUGCAAUUUUUCAAUCUAUAAGCUAUAAAACCUUUAUAAUGACGUACAUAACAUGUUCAGUGCCGACUUGUCCAUCAUCUUCACUUAUGAAUAAAGAAUUGAAAUUCCACCAGUUUCCUUAUAGUGAAGAAAGACGGCAAGAAUGGAUAUUGGCUUGUAAUGAAUUACAUACCAUUCAUGAAGACUGGAACUUUUUCAGAAAUAAGUACGUGUGCAGUCUUCACUUCGACAGAUAUUCGUAUAACAAGAAGGGAUUCCUUAGCAUAUUCGCUGUACCAACUUUAUAUUUGGAUAAACCCGUGCCAUUCAACCAAAUGAACUUAACAAGCGCAGAAACACAAACCGAACCUGUUAUUGAAUCAACAGCGGAUAAGGCAGAACAUUGCAAAAGCAUAACGCAAAAAGAAAAUGUAGGUUUGCAGUCUACCACUGGAACUUUGCAGUGUAAUAAUGUUUGUCUUAAUAGUAACAAUAUACAGUGUAAAAAUUCUGUUUACAACAAUAAGAUAAAAAAGACAAAAACUGAUAAAAUCAAAAGGCGAAAAGAAGAUGUAGUGUUGCAGUCUAAAGGAAACUUAGAGUCCAAUAAUUCUGGUGAUCUCUUUAUACAAGUUAAAAAAAUUGGUAAUGAUGACUUUGUAGUAUCAUCAUCUCCAAAUGUUAAAGUAGCUGUGAAAAUAGGUGAAGCUGAGAAAAGUAUUGUUUGUGGUGAUGUUAAUGAUACCUCUAAUAAUAUUGAUCUGAAUUUAAAUAAUGGUCCCAGACAUAAGAAAAGAAGGAUAGACAAUGAUAUUAUAAAUAUCGAAGAAGAUGGUGACAGUAUCACUCUGUCGCAAUUUUUAAACGCUUGUGAUGACUAUUUGCCUGAACAUUUACGGGAUAUUGUGAAGACUAAUGCCAGGUUAUACACGAAUCAAGUCUCAUUUUAAGACCACCACAAACACAGACGAUUCAAGUUCUAUUAAUUUAAGAUAAAUAAUAUUAUUGCGUUAUGUACCUAUUGAAGAAUUUCAGACCUUGAAACAAAACUAUUUUAUUGAAGUAAUAGUUACUGUGAUUUUGAAUCUAGUCCUUUGUUUUUAAUGUCUUUUAAUUAGAUAUUGAAUGUGAAUCAAUCAAGUAUUUCACGAUUAGCGUGAAACAAUUCUGUGAAUUUAUUUGAUCAAUGGAUAUUGAAUAUAAUUAAAUAGUUAUAAGUAAA